AAAUGGGGUAUAAAUUUUUGGUGUAAAUAAUAUCGUCCCCAGCCCUAGGCGAGACCUGUCAGAGUCUAUUCUCGCAACUCCGUCCUCAAUGGAGGAGUCUUAUUUGACCUUAACAUCGUCUUGGGCAUACCUCUCUUUAUUCUUCAUCCGCCCUAUUUCUGCAAUCAUCUUCGUCCUCUCUUUGCUCCUAUUUGGCUGGCUUUUGGCGUGGAAGUUGGUGUUGGUUCAUGUUCCUCUUGUUCAAGAAAUUUUCGGCUUGAAGAAGAGGCCCGUCAAGCCCAAACCGGAAAAUCGCCUGCGGUUCACCCAAUUUUACAAAGACAUGGAUUCCCGGAAUUCUUCUGCCGCUCAACGAAGAGGCCACAAGCUUCAGGUUCAUGUCAAGAAGUGAUGAGAGGAGCACACUUCAACUGCAGCCACCUGAAAGAGUUUCUCUAGAACUUCUACUUGAAUUCAUGCCAUCUAUUGGUCAUGAACGGGCUCGGAGGGUUGUUCUGUGUGAAUAUUGGCUGUGAAAAAAAUGUGUUGCUCCCUCUAUUCUCUUUUAACUGUUUGUUUUGUAAUGAAAAAAAUAUGAUCCUUCCUUUGUCCAUAAAAAGCUCAUUGUUUGAUGUUCAUAGACUUUAAAAAUGUACAAAAUUGUAAAGUUUGAAAAUAAUUUAGAAAAAGAGGAAAAGUGAGAAUAUACACUUGUGGAACAAGUAACUAACUAACUGAUGCCCAAUCUGCCUUUUCUUCCUCCCCUUGAUUUGCAGGAUAGCAUCUUGCAUCUCCUUAUAGUUGUUGGCCCUCCAAUGAUACUGAAACCAAUUGCAGAUGUUGAUCUGAAUAUUCUUUGUAUAUAUGCAGGAGAUAAAUGGGUGAUCUUUGUCUUCCUCAGCUAUGCCAUAUCAAAGAACACGCCUGAGAUUAGUCUCCACAAACUUGCAUAAUCUGACUACUUUUUUAAAUCAAUUGAUUUGAAAUAU